UAGCAUUAACUAUUCUUCUGAUAUUAGAAUGUUGUACUACACCCUUUUUGCUUUUCUCUUUAAAGCCUUGAACAGACUCCCUUCAUGAACAUUCACAAUAAGAAAGUGAGAAGUGAUGUGGAUUUUCUCUUCUAGUCACUUUUAUCAUAUCAUCAAAUGGAAAACUAACUUUAUGUUGUUUUUAUUUUUAAACUUUACACAAACUAAACUACGGCAGAAUUGACCACCCACUUUAAGAAUUUGAUUCAGAUGAACAAACUAUGAGCAACUGCCUGAAAGUUAUGGUAUGUCUUUCCUUCAACAUACUGUUGAGCAUUGUCUUAUACUGUUCUUUGGAAGAUAAUGAUGAUAUUAAAAAAAUAAACACCUUAAAGUCAACCAGUACAGAGUCUCCAAUACAGAGAGACUCUCAGAUGCUUUAUGAUGGAAAAUAUGCUUAUGUCUUGGAUUUUCAAAAGUACAAAGAGGAGUUUCCCCACCUACAAGAUUACAAGUGUAAGGUGAUAUCAGAACCAAAGGAACUGUGUGGCAGAACUAAGAGUUCCAAGACACUCAUCUUAGCAAUUAAAAGCCAUCCAGGCUUCUUUGAUCGCCGGCAUGCAUUGAGACAGACAUGGGCACAGCCUCAAGUAAUUGAGAACUUUCAUAUUAAACCUAUAUUCCUCAUGGCCACCAUUGAAAACAAGAUAAAGAUGGAAAAGAUAGAAAAAGAAGUGUCUAAGUACCAGGAUAUUUUGCAGUGGGAUUUUACAGAAAGCCAUGCAAAUCUGUCUUUAAAAGAAUUUUGUUUUCUUGAAUGGAUGAUGUACAAUUGUGUGGUAGACUUUGUCUUUAAAGGUGAUGAUGAUGUAUUUGUUUAUCCUCCUGCUAUCAUUAAGUAUCUAAACAGAACACCAAAUGUCACCAGUUAUGUUCAUGGAAAUCUCUGUGUCCGUGCUAGAGUUUUCCGCAGUGGGAAAUAUCAAAUAAGCCAGCACUUGUACUCAAUGAAUGUCCUGCCUACAUUUGUAUCAGGUGGUGGAUUCAUCAUUCCAGGCAUAUUGAUUCCAUCUCUCUAUCGUGCUGCCACAGUUCUGCCUGUCUUUCCUCUAGACGAUGUCUAUUUUGGAUUUCUAGCCAUUAAAGCCAACGUAAUCUUGAAGCAUGGACAUGGGUUCUAUUGCUUUGGGUUAAAGUUUGAUGCUUGCAAAUAUCGAAAUGCACUGAUUGUACACAGCACACUUGAAAACAAUGCAAAGGGAAUGUCACCAAGAACACUCUUGAACAUAUGGGGAAGAGUGAUUAUACAAAAAAAUUGUAUAGAAGUAUGAAUACAAGUUUGGGGAAACAAAUUAUAAUUUUUAAUUAUAUUUUUAUAUCCCCUUCAUAUGAAAUGUAAAAAGGAAAAUAGGAAGUCCAAAAGAAGAAACUCGAUUUUUUUUCUUUUCUUUUAAACUUUUUAGUUUUAUUUACAAAUACAGUGAAUAUAUUUUCAUAAUUUAAUAAUGGUAUAUUUAUAUUAAACUAUGCUUUGAGUGGGUCCUGAGUGGUCAGCUACAAGAGCAAUAUUGCCUAAAAAAGAAGAGAAGAAAGAUGAAAUUUGGUAAUUGCUUCUGACAGUUUCUGAACUGAAUGGUAAGAGAAUGCUAAUAAUGUGUUUUUAUUCAUUAAAAUGUUGAAAUCAAAUAAAAACACUUUACUCUUGGGUUUCAUUCUCAUUCAUUUAAAAAAAAUUCUCUUCUACUGAGACAGAUUCUUUUUGCAUUCGUGAGAAUUGAGCUAACAGGUCUGUCAGUGUGCCAUCUUGGUAAAGUGAAAGGCAAUCAAGAUUAGUAUUAUGCAUUGAAACAUCCAAGACUUUAUAGAUUAUUAAAGUGAAUGUUGUUACACCAGAUAGACUCAAUGAACUUAAAGAUCUGUCUUGUUUUCCUUUGAAUUAACCACAAACCUAUCUGAUAUUUCUUCUCUGGCAAUUUAUCUUUGGUUCUUCAAAUAGUGUUUGUUUUUUAUUCUGUACUUUCAACAAUAAUCAUUUGA